AUGACGGAUAAAGCUGAUCUAAUCUGGCAAAUAUUUGAAACAAUCGAAAAAAACGACAGCGGCCAUAUACUCUGGAAUUUACUCAAUCAAGCAAGUACAACAAACGACGGAAUUGUUUAUAUGACUUAUGGAAAUCAAACACCGCGGUCUUUAGCUGAACAACUUCAUCGUGAACAUCUACUUAAACUAAUUGAACUUCAUCAAAAACUAAUCUACCAUCAGGCGCAGUUCUAA